AUGAGUUGUUUCGGAUACAGACGAGAGCUGAGUAAAUACGAAGAUGUGGACGAGGACGAGCUUCUGGCUUCCCUCAGCCCCGAGGAGAUUGCCGAGCUGGAAAAGGAGCUGGCGGACAUCGAUCCCGACGCCAACGUGCCCAUCGGACUCAGACAGAGAGACCAGACGGACAAGACCUCGACGGGCACCUUCAGCAGAGAGUCCCUCAUGAAGUACUGGGAAUCCGAGACACAAAGACUGCUGGAGGACGAGAUUGGUGGAGGAAGCCCCAAACUGGAUGAAGAUCAGGAGGAAGAAGAGGAGUGUGUGACAGAAGAAAACAGUGAAGCAGAGGAUGAAAAAGAUGAUGAAAAUGAGAAAGAACAGACAAAAUAUGAAAUGAAGGAAGAAGAGGAGGAAGAACAGAAUGAUGAGGAUGAAGAAGAAGAAGAGGAAGAAGAAGAAGACAGUGAGGAAGAGGAGGAAGCUGCAACAGAGGAGGAGGAGGAGGAAGAGGAGGAGGAAGAGGAGGAACAAGAAAAUAAAUCAAAACUUGAACCCUCAAAAGAUUCUGGGACGUCAUGGGCCGAAACCCGAAAUCUACUAAGACCUCAGAGGGUGGAGCCUGUUAGACUGACUCCUCCCCCUCCACCCGUUGACCCCAACGCAACAGGAAACCCGACGGUUGUUGACGAAGCUCUGCAGCGAGUUCUGAGCAAUGAUCCUGAACUCACAGAGGUCAAUCUGAACAACAUAGAGGACAUCUCAAAGGACACCCUCAUCCGAUUCGCUGAAGCCCUGAGGUCCAACACACACGUGCAGAUCUUUAGCCUCGCGAACACUCACGCCGAUGACCCCGUGGCCCUGGCCACCGCGAAGAUGCUGAGGGAGAACUCGUCCAUCAUCAGCCUGAAUAUAGAGUCCAACUAUGUGACUGGAAAGGGCGUGAUGGCACUGGUUCAAGCACUUCCAGGAAACAACACCCUGACUGAGCUUCGGUUCCACAACCAGAGACACAUGUGUGGAGCACAGGUGGAGAUGGAGAUGGUGAAGAUUCUGAGGGAGAACUGCACCUUGAUCAAGCUGGGAUACCAGUUCAACCUCCCUGGUCCCAGGAUGAGCAUGACUGGGAUCCUCACCAGGAACCAGGACCGCAAGAGACAGAAACGGCUUCAGGAGCAGAGGGAGCAGCAGCAGCAGGGACAACAAGGGGGGACAGAGGGAGCCGUCUACCCUCGGACCACUGCACUGAGGGGAACACCUAGUUCAUCACCCUACAGCUCACCUUGGUCCUCGCCCAAACUCCCCCGGCGUGACCUGCCGAAGAAGCAGACCCCACCUGCUCCACCUCCUCCUCCUCCGCCCCCCCCUCCUCCUCCCCCGCCUCCCCCGCCGCCGCUCCCGCAAAAGGAGAAGUCGAAGCCCACCAGGAUGAUCGCGGAGGUCAUCAGGGCGCACGAGGCGGGCGGCAAGAAGUCGACGAAGGCCAAGGGGAAGAAAGGCAAGAAGGGCAAGCAGAAAGAGGAGACCAGCAGCAUCCUGAAGGAGCUGAAGAACGCGCUGAGGCCCGUGCUGCUGGAGAGGAGGGGGGCGGAGGAGGGCAGCCGGCCUUCCACGCCACUGAGGUCAGCCCACGACCAGCUGAUGGAGUCCAUCCGCAGCAGCGCCAUGUGCAACCUGAAACGGGUGGAGGUCCCAGCUCAUCUACGAUAG